ACCUCGCGCGCUUCUUAUCCUGUGCGCGUCAUUAAGCGUCGGUCUUCUGCUAAGUACCGGAUUGGCUACAGCAACGGUCACUGCCCACGGGACCUUUAGGGCUGGCAGUCAUCAUGGCGGCCGCCUCAGUUGUCCGAGCCGUCGGGGGCAGCCUUGCCCAGAAUCUCAAGGAAAUUCGGAUCCACCUUUGCCAGCACUCGGCGGCUAGUCAGGGAGUCCGAGAUUUCAUUGAACAGCACUAUGUCACAUUGAAGAAGGCAAAUCCAAACUUCCCCAUCUUGAUCAGAGAAUGCUCCAAUGUUCAUCCCAUGCUUUGGGCUAGAUAUGCCUAUGGCCUAGAAAAGAGUGUGUCACUGAAUAACCUAAAUGUUGACCAAGUUGCCAAAGCCUUGGACAAUGCUGUUAAUAGAAAAAUAUGAAGAUAAUCCUGUAUUCUUCAAUUCUAAAACAAUAUAUAUAUAUAUAUUUGUUUGUAAUUUCCAUGUACUUGUGAUCUACAAAUAAAGUCAUAUACAAUGUG